AUGCCCUGGAGUGCUGCGCCGACCCCUCAGUUCGACGACAGUUUCGUUUUUGCUGACUUCUUUACUCUCUUGUUCGCUCGCCAUAGGGUUCCUUUCUACGCCUACAUCCGCCUUGUCUUCCUACUUUACCUCGUGCUUCCCCAGACGCAAGGCGCUCGCAUCCUUUACCAGACCUACGUCCACCCCUACCUCGAGCAGAACGAGACUAAGAUCGAGGACUUCAUUGCCAGCACUCACGAGCGCCUCAAGGCUGCAGGCCUCUCAUACCUGAAGCAGGCGAUUGCACUGCUCAAGACUAAGGUUCUGGGCAUGCCUCCCGAGGAGCCUGCGCCGGCAGCCGCCUCCCAAACCGGAAACGCCCAAAGCUACACGCAAAACCUACUAUCCCGCUUCAGCGUCCCCGCGGCGCGCUGGGCCGGAGCCGGUAUCAGCCGCCCUGGCGUCGCAGGUGCGGCCGCUUCGACAAGUGCCGAUUUUUACGGUUUCUUGGCCUCCGCUGUCUCCACAGCUAUGACGGCUGGCACUGGCUCCUCUGCCACUUCAUCCGCGGAUCGCGGACUAAGUGCUUCUGGAAGCCUCAUCCCUGCCAACCUGCAAGGCGCAGACAAGAUCAACUUUAUUGCCGCACAGAGGGACCGGCUAACCGCGGUUCUCAAUGCGCUCGACCGCGAGGCUCGUACGAUUGAGCGGGAGGAUACUAUCCGCGCGACCGGCGACGCACCGAGGUCUCCUACAGAUAUCUCACCACCUGAUGAGCGUCCCCCAAGCGGCCUCAGCUCCUGGAGUGGCCUCAGCAAAAGCCGCAGCGAGGUCGAUUUCGAAAAGAUCGAUGUCGACAGUGCUGCGGAAGAAGAUCCAAACCUCCGGCACCGAACUAGCGCGACCACGCCAGGUGGUGGCGGUUCCUGGAUGCCGUGGGGUUGGGGAUCGGGAACGACACCGGUAGAGGAAAGCACUGGCCAUAGCUCUAGCGUGAACAAGAGCCCACAGUAA